UAUCGUCAUUUAUUGUAUAUCCGGUUACUUGAACAUGAUCACAUGAUACGUAAACUUUGUACUAAGUUCCCUGUUUUAGUGUUUAGGCUGUUAUACUCGGCUGUUAAAGCUGCAUGCUGAUGUGCAGAUGGCUGUAAAGGAAAGAUAAGUCUGAAAUCACAUCAUCAAAAUGGAAUUUCCCAUCCUCAUCCUAAGUUUGCUUUCAGCCUCAGUUACAAACACAGCAUCGGAGACGUACCUUUUGGAUGACAGUUCAGGGUUUGGUCGAAGAUUUGAUGGGAUUGGAGGGCUGAGCGGAGGAGGAGCUACCUCCAGACUUCUCGUCAGUUAUCCCCAGAAACAACGCGAUGCAAUUUUGGAUUACCUUUUUAAACCCAACUUUGCUGCAUCAUUGCAUAUUCUAAAGGUGGAAAUAGGAGGAGAUGCUCAAAGCACAGACGGCACAGAGUCCUCUCAUAUGCAUCAUCCAGAUGACUUGAAUUUCCACAGAGGUUAUGAAUGGUGGCUUUUAAAGGAAGCAAAAAAGAGAAAUCCAGACAUUUUGUUAUAUGGAUUACCUUGGGCGUUUCCUGGAUGGAUUGGGAAUGGCACAAGAAAUCCGUAUCGGAACCCUGCUUUGACAGCUGAUUAUAUCGUUAAGUGGAUCUCAGGAGCUAAGGAAGCUCAUAACCUCACCAUCGACUUCCUAGGGAUAUGGAAUGAAAAACCAUAUGACGUCACAUAUAUAAAGACUCUAAGAAAGACUCUUGAUGCGCAAGGAUUUAGCCAAACUAAAAUUGUUGCCUCGGACUCAGGAUGGGGAAUUAUCAAUGAUAUGAAUAAAGACAGUGACUUGGCUAAAAUCGUUGACUUUGUUGGGGUACACUAUCCAGGAACCCUGUCACCAGAUUUUGCUAAGCGUCAGGGUACACAACUGUGGUCAUCGGAGGAUUACUCCACAGUCAACGACAAUGUAGGCGGAGGCUGCUGGGCAAGAAUUGUAAACCAGAACUAUGUGAAUGGGUUGAUGACAAGUACGAUUUCUUGGAACCUGAUUGCAAGUUAUUAUGAGGCCCUGCCUUUUCCCCGGAAUGGUCUGAUGACGGCUGAGACCCCGUGGAGUGGGCAAUAUGUUGUGGAGAGUCCUAUCUGGGUCACAGCUCAUACCACACAGUUUACAAAACCAGGCUGGAAGUAUCUUCUCCAUGAUAAGGGGGUCAGUAAGUUACAGGGCGGUGGAAGCAUGGUAUCACUGGCCAGUCCAGACAACAAGGAUCUUACUAUUAUUUUAGAAACUAUGAGUCAUGACCACUCUAUUUGCAUCAGGCCCCCACUGCCUCCAUACUCUGUUAAACCACAGAAUAUCACUUUACUCCUUAAAGGCAGCUAUUCAAAUAUCUCAUCAGUGUAUGUGUGGAGAAGCUACUUUCAGUUUGGACAGGAGACAUCAAAAUCAGACUUCUUCAGAUCGUUUGGACAAGUGAAGGUGAGUAAUGGCAUGGUUAAUCUGUCAUUAAGUGUGGAUGAAGUUAUCACCUUAACAACAUUGUCAACUGGUCAGAAGGGACAAUAUCCAAACUCUGCUGAUGACAAAGCCUUCCCUCUGCCAUACAGCGACAGUUUUGAUGGAUAUUCAGAAAAUGUUGAGCCAGCAUUCUUUGCUCAGCAGGUGGGUGUGUUCGAGACCAAAAAAUCAGAUGACCCCAGUCGUGGAAUGAUGCUGACCCAAGUCGUGACAUUCCCACCUAUCUAUUGGUGUGUAUUUAAUCUAGUCUUUCCCAUUAAUGUCAUUGGGAACUAUUCGUGGGCUGAUAUGUCUGCAAGUGUGGAUACCCAGAUUCCAAAGGCUAACGGGAGCUCGGGUGCAUUUGUUGCUGUACGGGUGGAUCAAGGGGGGUGUAACUCUUGGGAGGCUAAUGGAAUUUUCUUUUUUAUCUUUCCCAUCCAGCAGAAGUAUGUUCUUGCCAAUAAUUUGUCUCGAACUAAAGUCAUACAAGAGGGAGCAGCAAACCUGUCCGUCACUGGUUGGAACACAAUCAGCUUACUCAUCAAAAACAAUACUGCUGUUGGCAGUGUUAACGGAGUUACCCUAUUUAACACCACGGUUCCAGCCAAACCAACCAAUGGCUUUGUAGCAAUUGGAUUAGAUUCCUAUGGCUUAGCAAAUUUUGACAAUUUCAAAAUGAUGAGCUCAAAAGAUGUACUGUAAAAUGUGAAAAUUUGGUGUGAUAUUAAUUUGAGCACUUUUGGUGCAUGUGACAUUUUGUGCCAAAAUUAGAAAAUUCAACAACAUUCCACUUUAAAAGUAUUGUUUGAAAAGUUUCACUUCAUUCUAUUCUUACUUUUAUAUUUGCAGUCUGUCUGUUUGUCUUUUAGCAAUGCAUGGGACUGUAAAGGAAUUUUACUCAGUGGCAGACUGUAUUUGGAGACAUACAGAAUGUAUGUUUUAAUCUUCUGUAUGAAAAGGUGAAAAUAACAAACAGUGAUCAAUCUCAUAACUCCUAUAAGGUAUACAAAACAGAGAGUUGGGCAAACACUGACCCCUGGACAUACCAGAGAUGGGACCUGUUGCCCAGGGGGAGCAAGCACCCACAUCGACUGGUUACAUACGCCAUGAGGUCUUGGUUAGGUAAACCGAGUAAUCUGUAGUCAAAUCCAAGAAACAACAUUUGACCCAAAGAUAGGUUAUAUUGGCAAACUAAAUCAUUAUAAUGACUAGAAAAUUUGUGAAAUGUUGACUUUAAGAGAGUCUGUUGAAAUUCUUUAGCGACAACUAGGUAGCCUACCUUGCUUUAAAAACUGAUAAUAUGCAGAACAACUCCUUGAGUAUUGAAUCAGUUGAGAGAUGUAAACACCAUAUGCAGGUGAUAAUGGAAUAUUGCUACAUAAACAUGGGAAGUUGUUGAUGAAGAAAUUGAAAUCAUCCUGUUUGUCAUAAAGUUGAGUUGUUAGUUUGCUGUUAAUAUAUAUUUUUAAUAAAAUAUCGAAGUACAAAGCAUA